UGACUGAUUCUGACAUAGUCACUGCGAUUCCGAUUGUUAAGCCAAUACCGAUUGAGGAUCGUCGCCGGGGAUCGAUGGGCUUAGAAUUCCAAUUAUCGGUGGUGGAAGCAGUUGAAAUGGGUCAGCAGGUAUCGGCCGCCCCCGCCCCAUCGCCGUGCGCGCUUCGUUACCACACUCAUUCUGUUUUUGCCCACCUUUCGACUCGCGCGCAGCCUCUGUCAUUGUUCGUGAACGAGCAUUUCUCUCACGUGGGAACGAUUGACUCUUUUGUGCUUUACCCGCUAUUCCCCGGCCGCUAUACGACCGACCGCACGUAAUGAGAUGACUUUAUAAGUGUAAUUGUGAUCAGGAUAAACUGUUUUGUGAAAAUAUGGCCAAGUUGAGGUGAUGCCGGGUUUCCUAGUGAAAGUUGAGUGAUGAUAGAACAAACAGAGUGAUUGGGAUCCUUCCUCUUAGAUAAGCGGAUACCAUGGCGGUCGCACCGAUACUCCCGUUCAUACUGCUAACUGUGGUCUCAAGAAGUAAAUGCGAAUCCUCGACUGGAUACAAUUACAACAGCGGGAACGGGGGAACAUUUGGGGAGUUAUUGAAGCCACCACCGCCGCCACUGUCUCAAAUUAAACCGGUGCCGUUUCACGGAGGCGCCAGCAGAUCGCAACGGCAGAAUAUUGACCCUGGGUAUCAUUACCAACCUCCACCGCCGCCUCCACCUCAGGCGCCAACUUCUGACUUCAAAUUCCCGGCUCCUUUUUACAAACAAUACAAUUUUAAUUUUGUACCUCCUCCUCAGCCUUUCACAACUCCGUCAUCUUCACUAUUCCAAAAAUUCUCAGGUUGGUUAUUCCCUUCUCAAGAAACAGAAGCAGUAUCUGUGUAUAAUAACAAUAUAGCGCCUAUAAAAAAAGAUUGCAAUCCCUGCAAUCUAGUGCCAUGGAUUCCAGUAAUAAGAUACGAUUUGGGAGGUAAAAGUUUGCAGCAAAGUUUGAUACCGACUUAUGGACCUCCGAGUCCCACCGCACAAAACGCGGUCCAAUUUAGACCACGGCCGUUUUAUUCACAAAAUCAGGAAGUACCACAUAUGUCAACUGGGAUACCGCAUGCAAAUUAUGGUCCACCUUCUCUAGAUAACAACAACGGCAUCUUAAGCUCUACAUAUGGGCCACCGAGUCCAACUCAUACGGUAGAAAAUCCGACUAGCUCUACGUUUAUACCAAGUCCAUCAUUUGGAUCCAGUUCAUCUUAUAACUCAGUCAGUAAUUCAUAUAAUGUUCAAAGUUCGACUUACGGACAAUCCAGUUUGUCAUACAAUAUUCCUAGUUCUACAUAUGGGGUACCUAGUUCAUCAUAUGGAUUGCCAAGUUCAACUUAUGGUCCACCUAUUUCUACUUACUCUACACCUAUGCCAUUAUAUGAUUCACCGAGGCCUUUAGCAUCGACUUACUUACCUGUGACUCCCAGUUAUGAGCCAGGAGUAAUAAAUAAUGACCUACCUCAAGAUAAUCAAAUAGAUGUUAUACAGAACACUCUUCCUUCCGAAGACUUACAAUUACCAAAAGUUUCCGCUCCAUUAGGGUUUAAAAAUUCAUACGGAGAGCCAAUUCCAAGCACCUAUGAAGCAGAUAUACCUUUCCUAGUAUCGGCUACUGCAGCGGAGUCAUCUAAAAUAAGGACUGAAGUUUUACCUCUUGAUGGGACUAAAGGAUUAAAUCCCAAUCAUUCAUUAGCUCUGGCAAAACCAGCCCCAUUUACUUUGAAUAGAGGACGAAACAUACAUACGUUACAACCUGUUGCUUUACCGAACCUAAGCGUAUCUCCAUUACCACCAAUAUUUAAUGCUCGACCGUUCCGGCCGCUACCUAACUUGCCCUUAAAUCAUGCCCUCGGAAUAAAACAAGUGCAACCACCAUCAAAUAAUGUUAAUAUACAACAAAGCUUGCCACUUGCCGAAUACACUCAUUCUAUAGAUUAUCCUACAUCUAUAGUGCAAUCUCCAGUUAUCGACAUCGAUGUCGGAAAAAUAUCAAAUCAAUCGAAGGCUUACAGAAAUAUUCCUAAUGGAUUUAUAGUAGAUAGUUUUAGAGAUAUUUCUUCCCAAGCAUCUGAAGAUCACAUUGAAGCUACAAAGUCAAAUCAAGAUUCUAGUUUUGAAAGUACUGGAGUUGAGGUUGGCAAUGAUUUAUAUGAGCCGAAUAUACCUUCUGAUUUAAAAUAUAAAUCUGGUAGUCACCCUUCUAACCACAAGAACUUUGCUGAUUUAAGAGGAGUUAAGGACGAAGACGUUGAUAAAUAUCGUACAGAGAGUAAUCUGCAGAACAUAGAUUCACCAUUGUUGUAUCUAAAACCUGGAGCUCCGCAUAAAGAGUAUACUAACUUCGUGUUUUCUACAAGUGGUCCAUUAAAUGUAGACGAUUAUGAAAUUUACGAUGAUAUUUCUACAACAGUGGCACCAAAGCAAUCGACUUUCUCUAGUAGCGCUUGGGAUGAAAGUAGAACCGAUUAUAGUGAUGCGUUUUCACAACCAACAGCAGCUCAGGAAGAUUCAAAUAAACCAAAAAUUGUUCAAAUUAUCAUACCAUACACAACUGGGCAACAGAAUAAGCAAACGAAUGAACACGAACAGAGACAAGAGGAAUGGAUAUCGACUCCUGAAGAUGACUACCUAGCUAGGAAAGUGCCAACGAAUACAGAAAAUUAUUACACUGCUGAUUCUAGUACGGAGAGUUACACUACGCCUAGUACAACAACAGAGGAGGCAUCUCACACAGAAAAUGAUAAUUACGAAUCAGAGAGAUUGAAUACCCAUUCUAUACUAAACGAUUUGUAUGAUGUAAAAGAACCUCCCUUUGAUAUUAUAAAACUUCAACAAAAUAUCGAUGAUUGGACCGAACAAGAGUUUUCUAAACGUUUUAAAACUCAAUCUCAACGAACUCGUAAUAACGGUAAAUAUGCUAAACAAAUUCCAGACGAAUAUUUUACUACAAUUAGUCCGGUUACUAAUUCUGUGACGCCUAGCAUAUAUAAUUAUGAUUUUUAUGAUCACGAAGGAUCAAGUAGCAUACGGCAUUCCGUAACUGAGGAUGAAAGUUCAAAUAUAAAAUCACACGAAGAGAAUAAUAAUAUAGAUAGUACCAGAUCUAAACUGACAGACAAAAAUAAAGAUGAUUAUGAAGAUUUGCAAAAGCUUCACAUCUAUACCGCAGCGUCAUCAUUCCGAUCUUCUACCACAACUCCUGCUCCAUGGGAGACUAUUCAAACUUCUAUAUCUCCACUCACAAAAGAAAAGGUGUACGUGGUUACAUCAAAGCCAUGGAGGGAAUCUCAGAAUACGACUAUAAACUAUUAUGAACAUAUAGCAUCUUUUGAGUCUAAGAAGACGAAUUUAGAUAACGAGGCAUCUGCCUCGGAUAAUCUUCCUUUUCAAUCUCCAAGAUUCUCCAGCAGACCCAGCUUCACAACUGGCGAGAAUAUUGAAUCCGUUAAAUCCGAUUCUUCGUAUGGAUUCUCUAGAAAUUGGCAUCAAAGAAUAAAUGACUUGGAGAAUGGGAAGAAGAAUAACAAUAGUACAUCGUUUCCAGAAGGUUCUCAGAAUAUAUCCACUAACAAUAAAGAGGAUACACACCCCACUACAGUGACUGCAGAACCUCCUGAAAACGUCAGUAGUGAGAAAAGUGUAACAAAUAAAUCGAACGAUCAGUGAUUAUGUUGUUACGCAUAGUGUUAGUUUACAAAUAAAAACCAAAUGAAUAAAAAC